AUGCUCAACGUCAAGAUCUUGAGAGACAAGCAAGUCGCUCUUGGUUGGAUCUUCUGCAGUAAUGUUGAUCAUCAGGUUGCUGAAGUGAAAGAAUAUCGGGAAUUGGAGCAAAAGCUUGCGGACGCAAGAAGCUUGUUGCUUGUGUACCGAUUGUAUGUGAACGAAGUUAGAGCUGGAGAAACACAGCAAAAGAAUGAGGCGGCGCAAAAACAGGCAGAAGAUGCUGAAAAAAAGAAUGAAACUCAAUUAAAGAAAAUUCGAGAAAGCAAAGAAGAGCUGGUUGAAGUUGAAACGAGGCUUUCUGAAUUGGAGGAAGAGAAAGAAAAAGCAAAAUUGAAAGAAGUUCGAUUCACAUCAAAACAAAAAAUGGAAUAUCAGCGGUUGAAACAGCAAGCAUCUGCGAUUGCAGCGGGGCUAAAAGCGAGCGUCACAUCAUGGGAGCGGAAGGAGAGUACUCUUGUAGAAAGGCUGAAGGAGACGGAGCUUGGUCGGUUGAACAAGCGACGUGAAGUGAUCAAUGAAUUGAAAGAAGCAUUUCCGAAUUCAAUUUUUGGGCCAAUGAAUGAAUUGUUUGAACCCUCACAAAGAAAAUAUGCAGUUGCAGUCAACGCAGCGCUUGGUAAAUUCGCUGAAUGCAUUGCCAUCGAUACAUUUGAAACAGGAAAGAAAGCUGUCGACUAUUUACGACGACGGAAAAGACCUCCUCUCGAGUUCGCUCCUCUUGAUAGUCUUUCGCGCGCUUCAGUCGAUCCCCGAUUGUAUUCGUCGUCUCUUCAACGUCUAUGCAAAUCUUCCCUUGAUUGUAUUCAAUACGAUCCGAUGUAUGAACCUGCCUUCAGAACAGCUUUGCACGAUUCGGUUAUUGUUGACGACCUUCGAGUUGCUGAACAACUUGCAUACGUCGAAUGUCCCAAAAUGGGCUUGAAAGUGAAAGUAGUGACAUUGGAUGGUGAAAAAGUACUUAAGAAUGGGAACAUCACUGUGGAUACGGCACUUCGUCACAACAAUCGAGCAGAUGCUCAAGAAUUAAAAGUUCUCUCAAAGCGUUUAUCUGAAGUAGAGCUGGCCCUUCGUCGCAAAGAAGAUCUGGGCGAAUUGAAGCAAAGUGUGGAUCAAUUGGUUAGAGAGAUUGGUGAAUUGGAGUCGUCAUUGAAGAGAAAGAAGGAGAAAGUUGAAAUGUGGGAAAAUAAACAAAUAGCAUCAACGAAAGAGUUGGAGUGCGCUCAAAUUUCACUUGAACGUCAAUCACAAGAUAAAAUAAAUAUUUCAGAAGAACUUCAAAGAUGUCGAGAAGAAUUGGAAAAAAUUCGAUCGCAAGUCUUGAGGGUAGAAGAUGAAAUUUUUGCUCCUCUUGCAGCUGAAGUAAACAUCGCAGAUUUGAGAAAAUUUGAAGAAGAACAGAAAGCCGCCGCUAAAGCAAAGGAAGUAGAGAAGGAUCAGCUGGUUAGACGCUUGCAGAAGCUUCGAUCGACAACCGGUAGACUUGAGUCAGAUAUCGUGGCAUUGGAUCCGAAAAGCCUCGAAAAACAAAUUAAGGAAAUCGACAAGAAAUUAAAAAAAGACGUUCAGGCUCUUGAAGAAGCGAAAACAAAAAAAAUCGGAAUGGAGAGAUCCGCAGAAGAAGCUAAAGAAUCUCUAGAUCAAUUUGCUAAGGGAGAGAAAUUGAGAGAAGCGAAAAUUAAAGAAGAGAAAGAAUUGUUGCGAAUAAUACAAAAGGAGAAAAAUUGGAUUAAUGGAGAAAUUAAACUCUUGAACUCCAAGAGUGAAGUCCUUUAUAAAGAAGCGGUGGAUUUGCUGCGAUCUGCACUUCUUGAUAAUUUGAAUAUUCCACUUUCGAGAGGAACGCUGCGAGGAUAUUGUCGACUGUUGGGACUUGAGGAUGUCAUGAGAGCGGCUGUUGUGUCCCAAACACAAACUCAAGAUGAAAACGGCGACGCGGUGAUGUCGAUAACGGACGGAUCAGCUGAAGAGGAAGAAACUCCCGAAAUCAACUACGAGAAAGUUUUAUCAAGCGAAAUUUUGGAUGUAAGACGCAAAUAG